AAAAACCGCCGGCCCUCGCUCAGCGUUGUCGUCUCCGAACGCUCUACUGAAAGAUAACAUUCUGGACUGAAACAGUGGGACACUUAACCCCAGUUGUGACUUGCCCAUUCUUCUUCUAGGGUAUUGAUCUCUCUCCCUCGCCGGUUCGUCAAUGGCGACUGUUUUCCGUGGACACGUUCCAUCGUCGCCCAUAGUCUCCUCCAUUUCCUCUCUCAACUCCAACAAUCACUCUUCCCACACUCUCCUUUACUUCCCUCAAAUCUCAAACCCCACAUUUCCUUCAUCAUCCGCCAUUAUAACCAACUCAAAGGUUUCUUUUCCUAAAUCCACUAUCAUUGCCUGUUCUCAAUCUCAGAACAACACCCCCUCUCGCCGUCGCCCUGAAUACAUUCCUAGUCAUAUCCCCGACCCCAACUAUGUCCGGAUCUUCGACACCACACUCCGCGACGGUGAGCAAUCCCCCGGAGCUUCCAUGACCUCUAAGGAGAAAAUAGACAUAGCGCGCCAGCUUGCCAAGCUUGGUGUGGAUAUUAUUGAGGCGGGUUUCCCUGCUGCAUCCAAGGAUGACUUCGAGGCUGUCAAAAUGAUAGCCAAAGAGGUUGGAAAUGCUGUUGACGAUGAUGGGUACGUGCCUGUCAUUUGCGGUUUAUCCAGGUGUAACGAGAAGGAUAUUAGUACUGCGUGGGAGGCUGUGAAGCAUGCUAAAAGGCCAAGAAUCCAUACCUUUAUUGCUACCAGCGCAAUUCACAUGGAGUAUAAGUUGAAAAAGACCAAGGAGCAAGUGAUUGAGAUUGCCCGGAACAUGGUUAAGUUUGCUCGGAGUUUAGGCUGCGACGACGUGGAGUUCAGUCCCGAAGAUGCUGGGAGAUCGGACAGGGAGUUUCUGUAUCAAAUAUUAGGGGAAGUAAUCAAGGCUGGUGCAACGACGUUGAACAUACCUGACACGGUCGGUAUAAAUAUGCCUAGCGAGUUUGGAAAAUUGAUUGCUGACAUAAAAGCCAAUACUCCAGGAAUUGAAAAUGUUAUCAUUUCAACCCACUGUCAAAAUGAUUUAGGACUUUCUACUGCCAACACCUUAGAGGGUGCACGUGCUGGUGCAAGGCAAUUGGAAGUAACAAUUAAUGGGAUAGGUGAGAGGGCUGGCAAUGCAUCAUUAGAAGAGGUUGUGAUGGCUCUAAAAUGUGGGAAAGAUCAUGUCUAUGGAGGUCUUUAUACAGGAAUUAAUACACGUCACAUCUAUUUGACAAGCAAGAUGGUUGAAGAGUACACUGGUUUGCAAUUGCAGCCACACAAGGCUAUUGUAGGCGCUAACGCUUUUGCUCAUGAAAGUGGCAUUCAUCAGGAUGGAAUGCUAAAACACAAAGGUACAUAUGAAAUAAUGGCUCCAGAGGAUAUUGGGUUUGAAAGAUCCGAUGAAGCUGGUAUUGUUUUGGGGAAGCUUAGUGGGCGCCAUGCCUUAAAAAGACGGCUUGAAGAGCUUGGUUAUGAACUUAAAGAAGACCAAGUUGAAAAUAUGUUUUGGCGUUUCAAAGCAGUCGCUGAACAAAAAAAGAGAAUCACUGAUGCUGACCUACGAGCAUUGGUAUCAGAUGAAAUUUUUCAGGCCGAACCUAUCUGGAAGUUUGAGGCUUUGCAGGUGACAUGCGGGACUCUUGGCCUGUCGACAGCAACUGUCAAACUUAUUGAUGCUGAUGGUCAAGCUCAUGUUGCUUGUUCUGUUGGUACUGGACCAGUGGAUUCAGCUUACAAGGCUGUUGAUCUCAUUAUAAAGGAACCAGUGGCACUUUUGGAGUACUCGCUGAAUGCAGUUACAGAAGGCAUAGACGCAAUUGCCACAACCCGUGUUGUAAUUCGAGGGAAAGCAAGACAUCCAUCGACCCACGCGUUAACAGGAGAAACAGUUUACAGAACAUUUAGUGGCACGGGGGCUAGCAUGGACGUUGUUGUGUCAAGUGUCAAGGCUUAUGUUUCUGCAGUAAACAAGAUGUUGGAUUUCAGCGAAAAGUCCAUCUCAGCUGAAAGAACCAAAGUUGCUGUAUGAAGCAGUUAUGCUUUAUUCCUGAUGCUGCUUGGAUCACAGCGCUUAGUGAUUUCCUGGUAUCUGUGGAAAGAGGAUCAAGUGCUCACUGGAUAGUUUGAGCUAAUUGGAGCUUCCGGAUCUUUGUCUAGCAUCUCCAUGCUUGUGGAUUGGGACUGUAUUCUAGAACUUGCUAGUUAUACAGCAGCAAUGUUCGCUGUAAAUGUUGGGAUCUAAGAUUGGGGGUGAUAUUUUUGCACGGAUAUAAUUUUCUUUUUUGAGGAUUUGGAAAGAUAUUUGCAGACAUAUUUGAGUGUUUUAUGAAAAAUUAGAAAGCAAGUGACAUGAACAAUUUGAUUUCAUGUUUCA